AUGGCUGCUGACGGAAAGAAGAAGAAGAACCUCGCUGUUGAUCUCCUGGCUGGAGGAACCGCCGGUCUGUUUGAGGCCCUGGUCUGCCAUCCUCUUGACACCAUCAAGGUGCGAAUGCAGCUCACCAACCGACAGCACGGCGUUAAGGAGGUCGGAUUCGUCCAGACUGGUGUUAACAUUGCCAAGAAGGAGGGUCCUCUGGCUCUUUACAAGGGUCUCGGAGCCGUUGUGACCGGUAUUGUGCCCAAGAUGGCCAUCCGAUUCACGUCGUACGAGUACUACCGAGGUCUUCUGACCAAGCCUGAUGGAACCAUCAGUGCUUUCCACACUUUCAUUGCCGGUGUUGGUGCCGGAACCACCGAAGCUGUUCUGGUCGUCAACCCCACUGAGGUCAUCAAGAUCCGACUCCAGGCCCAGCACCACUCCAUGGCUGAUCCCCUCGAUGUCCCCAAGUACCGAAACGCUGCUCACUGUCUCUACACCGUUGUUCGAGAGGAGGGUCCCUCUGCUCUGUACAGAGGUGUGAUUCUCACUGCCACCCGACAGGCCACCAACCAGGGUGUUAACUUCACUGUCUACUCUGAGCUCAAGGCCCGACUUAACGAGAUGCAGCCCCAGUUCAAGGGUGUCCUUCCCUCGUGGCAGACUUCCAUCAUCGGUCUGAUCUCCGGUGCCCUGGGUCCCCUUUCUAACGCCCCCAUCGAUACCAUCAAGACCCGAAUGCAGCGAGAGGGUGGAGCCGCCACUCGAAACGAGUCUGGUCUCUCCCGAUUCACUCGAAUCACCCGACAGCUCAUCCACCAGGAGGGUUUCCGAGCUCUGUACAAGGGUAUCACUCCCCGAAUCAUGCGAGUUGCCCCCGGCCAGGCCGUCACCUUCACCGUCUACGAGUACAUGCGAGGUGUGCUCGAGAACACCCCCGGUAUCGGAAAGCCUUUUGCUGCCCAGUUUGAGGAGUAA